AAAAAAGUGAAACAUCCGGCUCGCUGCUCAGCAUUCUCUGCAUCAGUCCAGCCCAGCCCAGCCCGUCUACACAAUCAUGAGCCCAGAUUCUGCAGCGGCGGAGAGCCCCUCAACAGAGAAUCCGUCGGCCGAGCGGCACUCGACCGUGCAGGUGCCCUUUGACCCAGCCAAGCCCCCGACAACGAUUGACGUACUCAAGAAUCUGAAAGUUGAAGAAUUCAAGCCCGACAAUCUGUCGAGGCUGCCGUGUCUCAAAAAGUCGAUGCUCUAUGGCCUCGCCGCCGGAUCGUCGAUGGGCUUGGUGCGAUUUGCUGUCAAGAGAUCGCCACGAUCUGCCGGAGAUUGGGCUAUGGCCACAUUUGCUGUUGUGGCAGUAUCGAGUUGGGAGUUUUGUCGAUUCCAACGAAGACUUGUUCAAAAGCAGAUGGAUGCGCUCGUGAAUACGAACGAAGCAGAGGGCCCAUCGGCAGCCAAAUCAAUGCCGCAAUAGAGCCUGUAGGCUCAGUCUUAUUCCACUUCCCAACCGGCU